UGUCCAUUACAGCAAUUAGCAAACAACAAACACAUGAAUUAUAUCCCAUCUUCAUCAAUGGCUAUUUCUUGGCUCUUCCUCUUCACUCUCAUUUCCACUCUGCUCGCCAUGGCUCAUUCCUCAUCUGCUGAUCAACAUCAUGACCGAAAGGUUUAUAUUGUGUACAUGGGUGACAAGCCAAAAGAAGAAGUUUCCACAUCUCCUCUUCACCUAAAUAUGCUGGAAAAGGUCGUAAGCAGCAAUGAUAUUGUCCCAGCUGAAUCUCUCCUCCGUAGCUAUAAAAGGAGUUUCAAUGGUUUUGCUGCCAAGCUCACAAAGGAAGAAGCAGAUAAAAUAGCUGGAAUGAAGGGUGUGGUGUCAGUAUUCCAAAGUCGAAAAUUAAAGCUUCAUACAACAAAGUCAUGGGAUUUCAUUGGAUUCCCACAGCAAGUUAAGAGAACCAAAAUGGAAAGCGACGUCAUCAUAGGAGUGAUUGACACUGGAAUUUGGCCAGAAUCUGCUAGUUUUGAUGACAAAGGAUUCGGUCCACCACCUGCCAAAUGGAAGGGAACUUGCCAAGCCUCGUCCAACUUUACUUGUAACAACAAAAUUAUCGGAGCAAAGUACUACAAAGCCAAUAAACAAUUUUCAGAAACCGAUAUACAAUCACCAAGAGAUUCAGAUGGCCAUGGGACACACACAGCAUCUACAGCAGCCGGAGGCAUAGUGAACAAAGCAAGUGAAUUGGGAUUCGGGUUUGGGACAGCAAGAGGAGGAGUUCCAUCAGCUCGUAUUGCUGUCUAUAAAGUAAGCUGGUCUGACGGCAUUAAUGAUGCUGACAUUCUUGCAGCGUACGAUGAUUUAAUUGCUGACGGCGUCGAUAUAGUCUCGGCUUCUAUUGGACCAUCGUCGCCUGAAGACUAUUUCAUGGAUGGAUUGGCAAUUGGAUCCUUUCAUGCUAUGAGAAAAGGAAUAUUGACCUCUACCGCUGCUGGUAAUGAAGGUCCAAACCCUGCCACUCUCUCAGGCUUCGCACCUUGGCUUCUUUCUGUUGCUGCUUCCACUAUUAAUCGAAAGUUUUUGACCAAGGUUCGGUUGGGUAACAACAAGAUUUUUGGGGGUAUUCAUAUAAACCCAUUUGACCUCAAGAAUAAAACAUUUCCCUUAAUAUAUGGUUUAGACGCACCAAACAGCGAAGACGAUGUUAGUGGGGCUUAUUCCAGAUUUUGCCGCAAAGACUCGUUGGACAAAAAAUUGGUGAAGGGUAAAAUUGUUUACUGCGAUAGCAAUUUAGAUGAAACAGGACCCUUUUUGGCUGGUGCAGCUGGUUUUAUAGGUAAAGGCAGAGUUUUUGGAGAAGCAAGUUUCAAUAUGCCUUUGCCUGGAACUUACCUUAAUCAUAACGAAGCUAGUGAAGUUUACAAGUAUCUUGUAACCAGCAGCAAGCCUGUUGCAACCAUAUAUAGAAGUGAGGAGGUUACUGAUACACAGUCCCCUUACGUACCCUUUUUUUCAUCAAGAGGUCCAAAUCCAAUCACUCCCAAUCUUCUCAAACCAGAUAUAGCGGCCCCAGGAUCUCAAAUUCUAGCAGCGUGGUCUCCAAUGGCUCCAAUUACAGAAUUAGGUGUUAAAGGAUUGGGGUAUAAUAUAGAGUCAGGAACAUCAAUGGCUUGCCCACAUGCUACCGCUGCAGCUGCAUAUGUCAAGUCAUUCCAUCCUACAUGGUCCCCUGCUGCUAUCAGAUCCUCCCUCAUCACUACUGCUAAGCCCAUGAGUUCCAAGAUCAACCCUGAAGCCGAAUUUGCAUAUGGUGCUGGCCUGAACCCUGUCAAGGCUCCUUAUCCUGGUUUGGUUUAUGAUGCUGAUGAGCUUGACUAUGUAAAGUUUUUGUGUGGAGAAGGCUACAGUAAUGACGAAAUUUUGCAGUCCAUAACAGGGAAUGAUAAACUCAAGUGUUCCAAAGGGAGUAGUAGAUCAGCCACUGACCUAAAUUAUCCUUCCUUUGCUCUUUCAACCUUACCUUCACAAUCAAUCACUCAUGUAUUUCAUAGGACAGUUACAAAUGUUGGAUCAGCAAAUUCCAAAUAUAAAGCUAAAGUGGUUGCCCCGCAAGGAAUAAAUGUAAUCGUGAGCCCUAGCGUUUUAUCUUUCACAUCUAUUGGGCAAAAGCUAUCGUUUUCCGUCGAGCUGAAAGGGAAAAUAGAUGGAAUAAUUGCCUCUGCUUCUUUGGUGUGGGAUGAUGGCACUUUCCAAGCGAGAAGCCCCAUCGUUGUCUAUAUUGCUCCGUGAAUUGGUGUUGAUGAUGCAUAUAUGUAUGAGAGAACUGGUUGCAACAUAAUAGGUUGUCUAUGUUGCACCAUGAGCUGAAGGGAUAUUAUGUACAAUUUGCUCUCGUUCUAGAGUAAAUUGAGCUAUGUUCUCGUUUAUAAUAAUAAAAUUAUAUGCUAUGGCAGGAAUAUAAUGAUAGUUUGUUUCU